AUGUGUGGGGCGUACGAAAUUGCCAUGAUCAGUCGGGAGACUAAAAUGCAAAAUGUCGCGAGCGCACGCAAGGAGAAACCAACCAUCGUCGAGCAACGCCCAAAAUCCAAGUUCCUCCCCGCCCUUUUUAGUCGCCGAAAGAAGGGUUUUCAAGAGCUGCCAUCCAAGAAGCUUGACGAUGGGAGCAGCUUUGUUAGCAACUAA